UCUAGUGUCUAGUGUCAGUGGUGUGCCGCCUACCGUGUUGCUUGUCGAGCACGCAACGAAUUCGACCACCAAACACGCGUUCCGGUGCCGAAAUUUCGAUUACCAUGUGCUUUGACGACAGGAGUGUUUAUCGAAAUUCGAUCUGCUAUUUUUUUUAAUUAUCUUCAUUUGUACAAAAGAUCAUUUUUUCUCUACAUAUAUUAGCAACAACAAAUAGCACCAAGAGUGAUUAGUAACAAUGGGUCGAAAAGCGAAAUUCAAUGAAACGGUCGUGCCCAGUGGACCAGGCAGAAAAGCCAAGAAACAGCGUGAUCCUACAUUCCCAAAACAAAUAACAGAAAAAGAACCAACUAGUUUGAGCCACAGACAGAAGCAAAGGGCCAAGAAAAGGGCGUCCAAGAAGCAGCGAGCAGAUGGACCCAAAGCAAAAAAAAUCAAAGCAGUUAAGAAGGAAGAAUCCACCUCAGAUGGGGAGGAGGAUGAAGAAGAAUAUGUUUCAGAGGAUGAGGAGAAUCAAAAUCAGCAACCAGGAGCAUUUGUCAGAGCACCUCCGCCCGAAUCAAGCGAAGAGGGAUCCGGUGAAGAAGAUGAUAGUAGCGAACAAAGCACGGACAACGAUAACAACGAUGAGGAAGAUGAGGAUAACGACGACGAUGAGUUACCUAUAGAAAAAGCAAAUAGAAGAUUGAAGAUUAAACAGAAAAAAGAACGAAAGCUCGAACAAGCGGAAAUGCUAGAUUCGAUUAGCCGCCAAUGUGUGUUUGCCUUUCCGACCGAAGAAGAACUGAACGAACCAACGAGUCUCAAAGAUGUCCAGCAACGAAUACGUGAUGUAAUAAUGGUACUGGAGGAUUUCAAAAAAUUACGUCAAGCCGAUAAAUCACGUACCGAUUAUGUUGAAUUGUUGCGAACCGAUCUCUGCUCGUACUACAGUUACAAUACAUUUUUAAUGGAAAAGUUGAUGCAAAUAUUUGCGUUUAGUGAGCUUGUAGAAUUUCUUGAAGCUAGCGAAGUUCAAAGGCCGAUGACCAUCAGAACAAACACUUUAAAAACUCGUAGACGUGAUUUAGCUCAAGCUCUGAUCAAUCGAGGCGUCAAUCUCGAUCCGGUUGGCAAGUGGACCAAAGUCGGUCUCGUGAUUUACUCUUCCCAAGUCCCAAUGGGAGCGACUCCUGAAUAUCUAGCUGGUCACUACAUCAUUCAGGGCGCCUCCAGUUUUCUUCCGGUCAUGGCCCUUGAGCCCAAGGAAAAUGAGAGAAUAUUAGACAUGAGUGCGGCACCGGGCGGUAAAUCGUCCCAUAUUGCCGCCCUCAUGAAAAACACAGGAGUAUUGUUCGCAAAUGACCUCAAUCAAGAGCGGUUGAAGGCCGUUAUAGGAAAUUUUCACAGGCUAGGAAUUGUCAAUUCCGUGAUUUGCAGUUACGAUGGCCGGAAAAUACCUUCGAUAAUAAAAGGAUUUGAUCGGGUUCUGUUGGACGCACCCUGCACGGGUACGGGAGUCGUCGCCAAGGAUCCAAGCGUGAAAACGAAUAAAGAUGAGGUUGACGUGCAACGUUGUUGCACACUUCAGCGAGAAUUAUUGCUCGCGGCGAUAGAUUCCGUAAACCACCGUUCCGAAUCCGGUGGCAUAAUCGUUUACUCGACCUGCUCCAUAUUACCGGAAGAAAACGAGUGGAUCGUCGAUUACGCUCUAAAAAAGCGAGACGUUAAGCUUCUUCCCACAGGUUUGGAUUUUGGUACAGAGGGCUUUACCAACUAUCGCCACCACAGGUUCCAUCCCUCUCUCAAACUGACGAAACGAUUUUAUCCCCAUCUUCACAAUAUGGAUGGUUUCUUUGUUGCAAAACUCAAAAAAUUCUCAAACAUCAUACCAAAACGGAAUGACAAUAUUGAUGACGAGAAUGAGCGGAAACAGGAGGAGGAGGAGAACGAUGCAUCGCCUUAAGAAUAAAAAUGAAUCUAUUCAAUUAA